AUGUCGACCAUCAAGAACGUCACCGUCGUUGGCGCCGCGGGAAACCUUGGCACCACUGUGUUCAAGAAGCUCGUCGACUCCGGCAAGUUCAACAUCCAGGUUUUGAGACGGCCGGAUUCCACCACUCAGUACCCGGCCGGCACAAAAGUCGUUGACGUCGACUUCUCAUCUGUUGACGCUCUUGCUGCGGCGCUCAAGGGCCAAGAUGCAGUGGUUUCGCUUUUGGGGGCCACAUCUCUGGGCCUUCAGCGCCAGCUCAUUGACGCCUCCAUCAAAUCCGGCGUCAAGAGAUUCAUCCCCUCCGAGUUUGGCAGUGAUUUGAGCAAUGCCAAGAACCGAACCCUCUUGCCGUUCCUCGAAAAGGUCAAGAUACAGGACUACGUGGCCGAGAAGACCACGUCUUCUCCCCUCACGUACACGUACAUUUACACUGGAGCCUUCUUGGACUGGGGCAUCGAGAACAACUUCCUCCUGGAUGUUUCAAACUACCAGCCUACCAUCUUCAACGGCGGAAAGUCAGUCUUCAACGCUACUUCUCUGGACACCAUUGGCAACGGCGUGGUAGGCGUGCUGAGCCACCCCGACGAAACCAAGAACAGGGCUGUGUACCUGGGUGACGUAAAGAUCACACAGAAUGACCUGCUGGCCAUUGCAAAGAAGGUGGCUCCAAACAAGCCAUGGGAGCCUAAGCACGCCACUCUGGAUGAAGCCACUGCUGCAGCCGACAAGAGGCUGGCACAAGGAGUCGUGGAUAUGCAAACCAUUGCACCAUAUCUGUUUCGAUCUAUUUUCGACCCCGAGCAUGGCGGCGACUUCCAGAAGAAUGACAACGAGCUCUUGGGCGUGCCCAAGAAGGAUGAAAAGUUUAUUGAGAAGGUAUAUGCCAAGAAGCUUGCCUAA